UGCGAAGUUGCGAACAGAGGAUCUGAAUAGUCGUAAAAAAUGAAGAAGUGAUUGCUUUUAGAAUUUUUUACUGUAUUUUAAGAAAUCCAAUUAGAUAACGGAUUAAGCGUAGCUGUGGCGUACUAGCAGAGGAGAGAGAAAGAUAGAGGGAAGAGAGAGAGGAGAGGAGGAGGUGGUGAGAGAAAGUGAGGGCGACGAAGGCUUUAAAUGAGGGCUCAUGGCUCGGUAUGAAGAGGCAAAGCAGCACUAGUAGCGACUUCUAACUCAUCUUUUUCUUCUUAUUCUGCUUCUUCUUCUUCUUCACCCUGUAAUAUCUAAAAGAGAGAGAGAGAGAGAGGAGUUAUGGAGGGGAAGAAAUCAUUUGUUGAUGAACUGUUCCCAAGAAGAGAAUCAGCUCAGCAAGCAAAGUCUGAUAUACUCAGCUCCAUAUUUCCGCCACGCUCAACGGGAGGAGGAAAGGAUUCAUCUCAUUCAGAUUUCUCUGGUACUUGGAGAAAACAGGGAGAAGGAAACUCGCGUGGAAGCCCAAGUAAAAACCAGAGCUCAGGCAAGAAAUACAGUAAUCCUCUAUAUCUUUGUGAAUUACCAGAGUCCUGUCUUAUGAGCUCAUCUGUGUAUUACGGUGGCCGUGACGACUUCAUUCCAGAAUCUUCAGCCUCCAAUAACUCCUCGUCGUAUUUUAAUUGCAAAAAGGAUAAGGAGGAUGAUUCAGCCAACACAGAUGUUGCAACCAGAGGAGAUUGGUGGCAAGGUUCGCUUUACUACUGAAGCUAUUUCCAGCGUCUGUAUUACAGGUUCCUAUGUAACUGCUGCAAAUAAGAUAACAAGUCCGCAUUAAAAAUCCAAACUGAUAAGAGGACCUCCAUGUGCUUGCUUCGUGAACAAAGCUGCUCAAUGGCUGCCUUCAAAUGUUAAUUUUCCUUUGAUGAUUUUACUUCAAAUUAAUUAGGUUGUGGAAAUAUAUAUAUAUAUGUGUAAUCGCUUAAAUUAGCAGAGGCUUCUAACAAAGCUUUGCUGCUAUUCUCCUCUAAGGCUGUAACUUUGCUAGGAACCAACUUUACUGGUCUUUUAUGCCUUUCCUUCAAACACAAGGAGGGAGAAGGAAGGGUUUGUUUGUUUGUGAGUUUGCCAUUAAUAUAGUAAUUAUUUGGCAUAAGA